GCUUGUCCAUUUCUGAUUUGAACGGUUAAAGCGGCAGAGGUUAAUUUAGAAUCAAUUAAGCUUGCCUUAAGUUGUGUGUAUUUUGAUGUUGACGACAAUUUCUUAAUAUGUUCGUAAUGCUUACUCGUAGAUUCUGAAGGAGAGUUUCGAUGGCAAUCUUUUUAAUGGUUAGGAGAUUUUUGAAUAUGUUAAAUACUAAAGGAAGUGGGAAGAAUGAAAAUGCUCUCUUCAAGCCUCUUUUAUUUAUUAUCCUACAUUCAUCAAUAUGCUCUGUCGAAAAAGACUUCCAGUUCUCUUCUUGACAAUUUUGAUUAUUCUCUGUGUGGUAAAUUUGGCAGCAGCCAAAAAGAAACACAAGCAUAAAAAGCACAGGCAUGACCACGACGAUGAUGAUGAUGAUUAUGACGACGAUAACGACGAUGAUGAUGAUGACUACCACGAUGAAUACGAUGAAUACGAUGAUGAUAAGGAGGAGGAAGAAGAGGGGGGAGAGUCUGAUAAGCCAGAGGUCGUUACGCCCAGAAACGAAGCUUGGUUGAAGGAUUUGGAUCUUUCGGAUAUACCUGGAAAGGUUCGUCCUAUUGGAUCUGGUAUCUGUAAGAAUGCUAAAUGUGAUGGUACCGAUAAUGAAAAAUGCUUUGAGACUUGCGGUAAUCCAGCUACACCUGACGAUAUUUACGGUUGCCCUACAGCCAAACACUGGGCUUUAACAUUUGAUGAUGGGCCUUCGAACUUUACGAAUAAUCUAUUGGAUAUUUUGGACAAGGCACAAAUCAAGGCUACUUUCUGUGUCAUGGGUGCUCAUGCUGCCAAAUAUCCCGAUAUUAUAAAGCGUGCCUAUGACGCAGGUCAUCAUAUUGCUUCUCAUACCUACUCUCAUCCUCACUUGAUGAGUUUGUCAAACGAAGAUAUUGUUCAUGAAAUCAAGGCUACUGAAGAAGUUAUUAUGGCAGCUACUGGUAUUCGACCUACCUAUAUUCGCCCUCCUUAUGGCGAAGCAGAUACUCGUGUCAAAGCUAUUUUCAAAAAACUCGGCUACAAGACGCUUAUGUGGAAUGUUGACCCUACAGACUACAACGUGCAUAUGCUUCACGAUGGCGCAUCACGUAUUCAAAAAUCAAUUGAGAAAAUUGCUAAUGGUGGUGAUAGUGGGUUGAAUGCUCAUAAAGAUCCUGGAUAUAUCAGUUUGCAACAUGAUCUGUAUAAAACUUCCAUUAAUCAAGUUGACGAGAUUAUCAACUUUCUCCAGAAUAAAGGAUAUGAUUUAAUGACAGCAGCUGAAUGUCUUGGUGAUAAGGACCCUCAUAAAGGUGACGAAGAUGACGACGACCACAACGACCAUCACGACCACCACGAUGAUAACGACGACGACGAUGACGACGAUGAUGAUCAUUACGAAGAAGAUACAUUGAGAAAAGCAGGUGCCGCCUCUGCAAACUCUAUUACUGAUCAAAGUGGUAAUGCUGAAGCUCAAGCUCAAGCACAAACCCAAACCCAAACGCAAGCUCAGCAAGCUUCGUUGAAGAUACGAUUUAGUGUCGGUUUACCUUCUACUUACCAGAAGAAAAUAAUCGUUAAAGAGCCAAUAUAUGAAAAACCUGCAAGUUGUAAAAUUUUGUUGAACAUUCGAGAUGUAGAGGCUUCUGUUCAUUUUGCAGGGAGCUGUAUAGGAAAGAAGCAAUUACGAAGUACUAGGUAUAAUUUUCAUAAUGCUUAUACCAUAAAAGACAGCACUAUGCCUGAAUGA